UGUUUGUUUAUUUUAAAAUAAGUUAUUAGCCAUUGAUCAAUUUCACAUGACUAGAUGGAAUUGAGAAAGUUGCUAACGAGAGGAAGAAUGUAUGAGUACUGUGCUUAACGCUCAGUUAAACUAGCCGCUUUCUCCAGAUCUUUAAAAACAAACUCCCGGGCACCUUCUUGGCCAUUUCCUCUCCCCCCCGUCUCAGCUUGUGUGCGUGUGUAAAAUUGUUUGGCAGCACAUCUUUUAUCCUUUCCAUGCUGUUGUCUUUACAGUGGCUUGAAAGAAGUUGCAUCGAAUAUUUGAUCCACCUUCAAGACACUGGAGCCAUCCUUGAGGCCUGGGGAUUGAGAGCUGAAAUUUAAAAGACUGGAAUUAUUAUGCCUGUUUUCCGAGGACCGAUGUUUGCUGCCUGCCACAGAAGAGAAGCUUGGUUUUUCGAUGGUCCUAUUGACAUAUAGUGUCCUGCAGAAACACUUGGAUUUUCGAAUCUGCAUUGGAAAGUCACCUUUCCUAUCCUCUUAUUUUCUACCUUUUGGUUUCAUUUUUAUUUUGGGUAAAUAUUUUUAUUGUCCAAUUCUCGUCUUUUGUUGCUAUCAUAUAUCCCUCCAGUUAAAAAGACGUAAACUACUUCACUCAAGGUGUGUUUUAUGUUUUUUGCCAAACAUGACCUGUAGCUGAAAAUUUCGUAUUUUUUGGAUGAAUCUGUGGAGCUUAAAUUCAAAGAAGAAAGGGGGAAAAAGACACAAUGAAAGAGAAGUCCAAAAAUGCUGCCCGGACUAGACGGGAGAAGGAAAACAGUGAAUUUUAUGAACUGGCUAAAUUACUGCCUUUGCCCUCAGCCAUCACCUCUCAGCUGGACAAAGCAUCCAUAAUCAGACUCACCACUAGCUAUCUAAAAAUGAGAGUGGUUUUCCCAGAAGGGCUUGGAGAAGCGUGGGGCCAUUCAACCCGUACCAGUCCCUUGGAUAACGUCGGUCGGGAGCUGGGGUCCCAUCUCUUACAGACCUUGGAUGGUUUCAUCUUUGUGGUGGCUCCGGAUGGAAAGAUCAUGUAUAUUUCAGAGACUGCAUCUGUCCACCUGGGUCUUUCUCAGGUAGAACUGACUGGGAACAGUAUUUAUGAAUAUAUCCAUCCAGCAGACCAUGAUGAGAUGACUGCAGUGCUCACAGCCCACCAGCCCUACCACUCCCAUUUUGUACAGGAGUAUGAGAUAGAACGUUCCUUUUUCCUGAGGAUGAAGUGUGUCUUGGCCAAGAGGAACGCUGGUCUCACUUGUGGGGGUUAUAAGGUCAUUCACUGCAGUGGUUACCUAAAGAUCCGCCAGUAUAGUCUGGAUAUGUCCCCUUUUGAUGGCUGCUACCAGAACGUGGGCUUGGUAGCUGUGGGCCAUUCAUUGCCCCCCAGUGCUGUGACAGAGAUCAAACUACACAGCAAUAUGUUCAUGUUUCGUGCCAGCCUGGAUAUGAAGCUCAUAUUUUUGGACUCCAGGGUGGCUGAACUAACGGGCUAUGAACCACAGGACCUGAUCGAGAAGACCCUUUAUCAUCAUGUCCAUGGUUGUGACACCUUCCAUUUGCGCUGUGCUCAUCACCUGCUUCUGGUGAAAGGGCAGGUGACUACAAAGUACUACCGGUUCCUGGCAAAGCACGGGGGCUGGGUAUGGGUACAGAGCUACGCCACCAUUGUGCACAACAGCCGGUCCUCUAGGCCCCAUUGCAUCGUCAGCGUCAACUAUGUCCUCACAGAUACAGAAUAUAAAGGAUUACAACUCUCAUUGGAUCAGAUCACAGCCACCAAACCAUCCUUCUCCUAUACCAACACCACACCCACCAUAACUGACAACCGAAAGGGGAAUAAGCCCCGCCUCUCAAACCCAAAAUCAAAAUCCAGGACAUCUCCCUAUCCUCAGUAUUCUGGAUUUCAUACCGAAAGAUCUGAAUCGGAUCAUGACAGUCAAUGGGGAGGAAGCCCACUCACAGAUACUGCAUCUCCACAGUUAUUGGACCCCUCCGAAAGGCCCAGUUCCCAGCAUGAUGCUUCAUGUGCCUAUAGACAGUAUUCAGACCGCACCUCUCUUUGUUAUGGCUUUGCACUUGACCAUUCCAGGCUAACAGAUGAUAGGCAUUUUCAUACCCAGGCCUGUGAAGGAGGUCGCUGUGAAGCAGGUCGAUACUUCCUUGGCACCCCACAAGGGGGGAGAGAGCCCUGGUGGGGCUCACGUUCUGCACUCCCCCUAACCAAGUCCUCCCCAGAAAGCAGAGAGGCCUAUGAGAACAGCAUGCCACAUAUAACCUCCGUUCACAGAAUUCAUGGGAGAGGUCACUGGGACGAAGAUAGUGUGGUCAGUUCUCCAGACCCGGGAUCUGCCAGUGAAUCAGGUGACCGCUAUCGUGCUGAGCAAUAUCAGAGCAGUCCCCAUGAACCCAGCAAAAUUGAAACUCUGAUAAGAGCCACCCAGCAGAUGAUUAAAGAGGAAGAGAACAGAUUGCAGCUCCGAAAAGCCCCUCCUGACCAACUGGCUGCCAUUAAUGGAGCAGGGAAAAAACAUUCCCUUUGUUUUGCAAACUACCAGCAGCCGCAGCUGACUGGAGAGGUCUGCCAUGGCCCUUCUCUUGCCAACACUUCCCCAUGUGAGCACCUUCAACAAAGAGAAGGGAAGAUGAUGAGCCCUCAUGAAAAUGACUAUGGCAGCAGCCCCACAGCCUUGUCUAGGAUAAGCAGUCCCAACUCGGAUCGUAUUUCUAAAUCAAGUUUGGUAUUAGCUAAAGACUAUCUCCAUUCAGACAUGUCCCCUCAUCAGACAGUAGGAGAUCAUCCAGCAGUUUCUCCAAACUAUUACAGUUCUCACCGGCAGUAUUUUGAUAAGCAUGCUUACACAUUAACUGGGUAUGCCUUGGAGCACUUGUAUGACAGUGAGGCGAUUAGAACCUAUUCAUUGGGCUGCAAUGGCUCUCACUUUGAUGUAACUUCUCAUUUAAGAAUGCAGCAAGACUCAGCACAAGGACACAAAGGGACAUCUGUAAUAAUAACCAAUGGGAGCUGAUGUUUUUUUUUUCUUUAAAAAAUGUGCUUUAAGGAUAUAUAUCUUUGAAACAUAGUUGGAACAUAUAUAUGUUUUAAUGCCUUUGUUACCAGCAUUUAAUAUACCACAGUAUGUUAGAGAGAAUAACCUAAGCUACUGAAGCUACUGGGUAUGAACUGACAAAUGUUACUGUAAAAAAAAUAUAAGAAAUGCACUAGCAUUCAGGGUUACAGUGAAUGGAGUUAAAGUGAACCUGUAAGUUGCCCCCAUGAUUUAUGGGAGCCGGAAUGGAUAAAGUAAGAGUUGAAAAUACCAGUGUAGAUCGAGUGAGCAAUAUAUGCACAUUGUAUAAGUACUAGUUGGAAAUGCCACAGAGGGGAGACCCAGUGAGCUUCAUGGGCACAGAUCGCUACUCACAAAACCUCUAUGCACCUUUGACAUGCAAAAAUCUGGAAUGUAGACUAUAAAAUGCACAUGCCAAAAAUGGGUAAUUUUUCUUAACCCUAACAUGUGAUUGCUUCUUCAUGAUGUGAAGAAGUUGUUGCUGUUCCCUAAAGAAGAAAAUGAAAGAUCUCAGAGAAGGGUUUUUUCCCCCCCUGUGGUCUCUUAGCCAUUCUGAUACAUUUGAUAUAGGAAUGAACUAGGGAUAAGGUUCUGGAUAUGGCACUGGACAUAUUUCUCACAUGGUAUCUAUUAGAAGCAAUCAGGAAAUGGCAAUUUUCAUUGUGCUUUUGAGUCAUACAAAAGAACGUGAUUACUGAUGUAGAUGUAAGGGACUGUGUUAAGUAAUAGCAAUUAGACAUUGGAACAUGCACCAAGAAUUUAGGGUACUCAAUUAAAAGAAAUUCAGAGGAGAAAAGAGACCAGAAAGAGAGAUAAAUGAAAAGAUUUCCAAGAACAGACUAUUUCAGGUUCAGACUGUGUGUGCCAUUAGUAUCAACACAUUAAGGGUUUUUGAAAAAACAACCACAGAACUACCCACCAGGAAACAAGGCUGAUAGAGAGGAAGUGUGAAAGGUAAUUAAGAAAAAUAAGGGGGGUACUGCAUGAAAUGAUUGGAAGUGUUUGAAAACAUUGCUAAAUAUGAUUGUGCAAAUGUUAAAACACAUGGAAAGGCAGUACAACAAAGAAAUAAUCUGGCUUCAAGAGAAUGUUGAAGUCAAAAGCUUAGAAUAAGGCACAGGAGUUUGAUAUGUAAUAUUUUGAAUGAAGGAAUAGACAAGAUAUUAUAAUAUUUGUUGUUUGUUAUUUUUAAAGACAAAUAUUGGUUCUUGAGGCAUGUUGGGGGAGUGAGAAAGAUUACUUGACUCUUGAAGAAUAGUACUAGUCUUUGUCAGAAUAACUAAGUUCCAUUACUGACUAACCUGCUGUGUGAACCUGUGUGGAUCACAUAACCAUCCUUCUUGGUUCUCAUUUUGUCAUUUAUAAAAUGGAGAAGUUAGUUAUAUUAGAAAACCUAUCUCUAAGGUCAUUUGCUUUUCUAAAAUCCAAUGAUUCAUUAUUUCAGGAAAAUUGGAUUUAAUUGAAAGAUUCUGUUGGGUUAGUUCACCAUGCCUUGGGAAUUGCAAGAAUUUAAUUUCUGGGUAGUGUACCACUCACAUAGCAGUAUGAAUGGCCUAUAAUUGUACCAGACCCUUUGAAUCUCCCAGGUAUAUUAGCCAUUUCCACAUGUAUUUAAACCUAGUUAAAAUGUAUAUAGCAGGAUCUGACAAGGGAAGAAAGAAGAAAAGUAAAUUUAGAUCUCAGAAAGCAUACCAGCUAAGUUUAAUGAGAUAUAUUUUAAAAAUUUGUGGAGAGUGUUAUAGAUGGCAUAGGGAAAUAGUUCAUUUUCACCAAGCAUAGAGUUCUUGACUUUUUUAGGGAAUGUUAGGCAUUGGAGGAAUUAAACUACAGCUUUUAAGAGAAAAUACAACAUGAACUUUCAAUGGAUUUAGGAUAUAUAUUUAACAAAGUACACCUAAUUAAUUGUCCAUAGGCAGUAGUGAUUUUGAAAGAUCUGAAGAUUGAGAACUGGCCUGUCAAAAGUAAAAGCAAUGGUAAAAUACUUUUAAAAUCCAUGAUAGAUAUUUUUUUUGGGUCACUUAGUAUCUUAUAAAGACAAAAAGAGGCCAGAAUAAAUAAUGAUUUUCGUUACCAAUUGUAACAUCUAAAACAAUUCCAAUACCUAGUUUACAAGUACAAUUCUGAACAAUACCAAUUUAGUUAUGAAUCACAAAUUAAAAGAAAUUUUUGGAGAACUGUGACCACAUUGGGAUUCUUGUAAUGGCAUUCUGGUAGUUUUGUAAGGGAAAGGUUAUUUUGGAAGUGCUAUGGUUUUAGCAAAACUGAGAAUUCAAGAGCCAAAGAUAUGGGUGAACUGAAAUACUUAGAGAAUAUUGCCUACUUUAGAAAGGAAGUUUGUACAGAUGGGCCCUUACUGAUGUGUACAAAUUCUACAGAAUAUGGCAUAGACAGAUGCUAGAAAGAGUAGUUGAAACAUAAGAACCAAGGAAAAUGAACUUAUGCUAGAGGAAAGACUGGCCCUAAAGGAAUUUGGGUGGAAUUUUUAUGUGGAGACUAGUUAAUAAAUAGAAAAAGUAAACUAUGAAAUUUACAGAUAGAGGCAGCCUCAAUAAAUAAAACUUGUAAGAAAAACAAGACUAGCAUGUUUAGGGAAAGACAAGGAUUGUCCAAGUUAUAUCUUGGUUUAAAAUUCUAGUUGGCUCAGUUUUAAGCACAUCUUUGUUCUAUUUAACAUACCAAUGAUAUCAAUAGUUCUUUAGUAACAAUCCUUUCACAUAAAAUUAAAAUAUAAUUUGAGAGAAGUGGAGUAAAAAUAUGCAACAUUGUUAUUGUGCUUGGCAACAUAUUAUGACAAGGCAAGAUCAGAAUGACUUAAACAAGUCCCACUGUAUUUCACUCUGGCAGAAACCUAAAGCAGUGUACAGAGUGGUAAAUUGUAUUUUUAGUCCUCAUUAAUACAUUAAUCACAAAAAUAUGUUUCCCAUGCUGUGUACACGCUGUCUGUGCCCAUUGUGUGUUAUAUAUAAAUGGAAACUACAUUGCUCCAAUAGCUUGAUAAGUUAAAUUUAUGCUCUGUCUGCUCUUGGAUUGUAAUCUUUGUUUUCCAUCUUUUUGCUAAAUGCUGAGAACCAUGGCAUUGAACUUAAAAGGCAGCAUCUUAAAACACUAAUCACAAAGAAGCAUAAUUUCUAUAUUAUCUUAGGAUAAUAAAUAGGCACUAUAUUUUAUGUUUCUGCCAAUAAUACUAAAGCUUUCUCUUUAGCAUUUUUUUUUUAAAGACCAUUUCUCUUACUUAAUCCAGAACUUUGCAUAGCUGAGGUAAUAUAAGGAAUUCUCCUUUGGGAGUGGGAGGAACCACUUUGUUAAUGAAUGUGGAAGAUGCAUCGAAAGUUUCUCUGUUAUUUUUCUAAUUUAUAACAAUAGCCUUACCAUUAACCCAGGACAGACAUUUCAGGAUGGAUUUUUUUCUCUUGUUGUCAUCCUUUGUUUUCCAAGAGGACCAAAAUGAGAUCACUAUUUUAAAAUCCAGUUACAGUGUGUCUGACUGUGGCUGAUCAGACUAAUAUGAGCUUGGAAUGCUCUGCCACAGAUUGGACACAAAUACUCCACACAAACAUUUGGAGUAGCUUCUCUAAUUUUGCAUAUUUUGUGUUUCUUGUGGGCUAAUUCAAUUCUUUGAUCAUAGAACACAGCACUUUUUCUGUUGAGGCACGCCAUCCUGGGUGAUCCUUUAUCAGUAUUUCCUAUGUCACAUAAUUGAUUCUGAAGUUCUUAAGAGAUACCUUGAGAGUGUCCUUGCAUUGCUUUUUUUGACCACCUUGUGAACACUUGCCCUAUGUAAGUUCUCCAUAGAAUAGUCUUUUUGGCAAGUGUGCAUUUGGCAUUCAAAUAAUGUGUCCAGCCCACAGAGUUGUGCUCUCUGAGUAGAAUUGGAAUGCCUGGCAGUUUAGUUAGAGAAAAGGCUUCAAUGUCUGAUAUCUUAUCCUGCUAGGUGAUCGUCAGAAUCUUCCUAAGACAAUUCAAAUGGAAGUGAUUCAGUUUUCUGGCAUAGCAGUGAUACAACUGUCCAGAUUUCACAGGCAUAUAACAAUGAGGUCGGCACAAUGGCAGUGUAAAGGUUCAGUUGGGUAGUCACAUACUUCUCCUCUCCUACAUUUUCCUUUGGGAGGCUCUGAAGGAUUUCAUCUCUAUGUGUUGAUUGAUAUACCACAUUGAAUGGAAUAUGCCUCUAUUUCUGUAUAUGGUUGCUUGACACUAAACAAUAUGAUACCUAUUGAAGUGAUGCUGCAGAUGAAAUGGAAUUAUACAUUUUUUGCAAUUAAUGUUAUCCCAGAAAUAGCACUUUCCCCCAUUAAUUCUGGAUAAUACUUGUAGGAAUGGGAAUAAGACCAUUUGGCCAUAUUCUUAAUCCCUUUUUUGUCCUGUUCCAUCUAUUGCUUUGGUAUGGAGAAGUCUCACUUGCCUAAUGAGCUUUAUAUGGUAUGUAAGAUGAGGAAAUAAAUAAGAUGCAUUGAUUAAGUACUUUCUGUAUGCCAAGUCCUGUGGAGAAGGGCUUUUUGAAACUGGGCAGAAUUUUGUUAUUCUUGUUGCUAAACAAGACUAGAAAAAUAUCCAUGACUACGUUAUAACAAUAAUAAUUUUAAAGUAUAUUUUCUCAAAACCUGGGUCAAAUAACCUUUUUAAGUGUCAGUUUCCUCACUUGUAAAAUAGGAGAUUGGAUUAGAGUACCUGUUAAGUUCCCUUCUAGUUCAAAGUCUAUGCUCCAAAGGCAAAGAGGAUUAGAAAGAAUAAACAGUGGCUACAUCUAAACAUUCAGUUUUAUGAAUAUUUGUUUUUAUUGUUGUUGUUGAUUUGUUUCAGUUGUGUCCAACUCUCCAAGACCCCAUUUGGGA